UUAUUAAUAACAUUUCGACAUUUCUUUUUGUUCAUCGUAAUCUUAACGGUUCAAAUGAAAUAGAAAUGGAAUUGUUAAUAAGUUUUCUGUUUGAUUACUUCAGAUGUUAUGAUAUUUCAGAAUCAUCUGCAUAACUUAUAAGUUUCAAGGUAGUUCAUUAUACCAACUCUCCUUAGAGUGACGAUCAGCAUCGAAAUCGUGCACUUAAGUUUCACAUCUGAUAAAACAUUUAAAAGAUUCGUAAAUUUCGAUACUCAACACAAAAGAUUACCUGAAAAUUUGGAAAUAUUAUUGUUUGUUUCGUGGAGUGAUGGUCCACUGAUGUUUGGUUCAAUCACACAAAGUGCUUAAAAAAGGAAGUAUUAUGGCAGAAACCUUUCGGGGAAAUUGGUCAACAUGGUUCGAAUUCCUAUUUUCUUGCAUCGGGGAAAUGGUAGGAUUAGGAAACAUAUGGAGAUUUCCCUACAUUUGCUUCAAGAAUGGUGGAGGUGCUUUCCUUGUGCCAUACUUAAUCUUCAUGAUGCUGUUGGCUAUGCCUCUAGUCUUCCUGGAGUUUACUUAUGCACAGUAUUCAAACCUAGGUCCUGGAAAAGUAUGGCUGUGCUGUCCCUUGUUUAAAGGAAUUGGCUAUGGAAUGUUGACAUUAGUUGCUAUUUCUGGUAUUUACUAUAAUGUUAUUGUUUCAUGGACUUUAUAUUACUUUGGGAAUUCCUUUUCCUACAAAAUCCCAUGGGGUGAUUGUAACAAUGAAUGGAAUACAGACAAUUGUUAUCUGCGUGGUCAUACUGUAAACGACAGUCUAUUGAAUACCUCUUUUUUGAACAUUACCACUGAACAUGCAAAUAGAAGUGAUCAACAAUAUUCCACAAAUAUAACAAUUAUGAAUUUAUCAAGACAGACAAGUGCCGAGGAGUUCUGGGAACGACAUGUACUCGAUAUGACUGAUGGUAUUGAAAAUCAAGGCCAUUUACGAUGGCAGCUUGUGCUAUGUUUGCUAGCAGCCUGGACAGCGUUAUUUUUCUCUGUACUGAAAGGAAUUAAAACUUCAGGAAAGGUGAUGUAUGUAGCCUCUACUAUACCAUAUGUGUUCCUGCUGAUACUGCUUAUUAGGUCAUUGUUCUUACCUGGAGCUUUAAGUGGCUUGGCAUAUUUUUUUAUCCCGAGAUGGAAUGAUCUACUAAAAUUUUCGGUUUGGAGUGAUGCUGCUAUACAAGUAUUUUAUUCAUCAGGUCUUGGUAUAGGUGGUAUAAUAACACUAGCAAGCUACAACAAAUUCCACAACAAUUGCUACAGAGACGCCAUGAUCUUACCUGUCUUGGACACAUUUACAAGUUUGUUUGCAGGAUGUGUAGUGUUUUCCACAUUAGGUUACAUGGCUGAGGCCUCAAACGUUCAAAUUGAUGAUGUUGUCAAACAAGGCCCAGGUAUUGCAUUUAUGGUGUACCCGGAAGCCUUGGCAACCUUACCUCUACCUCAAGUAUGGUCUGUCUUCUUUUUCUUGAUGUUAUUUACAAUAGGUCUGAAUACAAUGAUCGUUCAAGUGCAAGUAAUAACUACAGGUAUAUUUGACAACUUUCCUAACUUAAAGCAGAGAGGCAAAACACUUACAAGACUAUUUGUAUGCAUAACUGGUUUUUUUCUUGGACUAAUGUGUGUUACUCAGGGUGGUGUUUAUAUUCUACAGUUAAUUGAUUGGUAUGCUGCAAGUGUAUCGUUAAUGUUCCUGUUGUUAUUAGAAGUGAUAGUACUUGCAUGGAUUUACAGCACAGAGAGGUUAUACUGUGACAUUGAAAUGAUGAUUGGGUUCAUGCCGAACCCUAUAUGGAAGAUUUGUUGGAGAAUAACAUGCCCAUUAAUAGUCGCAUCAUUAUGGAUUAUAAAUAAUGUUCAACAUGAACCAAUUAAGUAUGGAAAAAAGAGUUAUCCUUCCUGGGCCAUUGGUGUUGGGUGGAUAAUUGCCAUCGUGCCACUUAUAAUGAUUCCUACAGGAAUAGUGUUAUCCUUCCUGGCGGCAGAAGGGGAUUUUUUUCAAAGAUUACUUUCUACAUUGAAACCUAGCCCCUUGUGGAAACCAGCUGACACUAAAGGAGAAUCGGAUGGAAAUAACAUUGAAAUGAUUAAACUGAACAAACUUAGUGAUGUUAAUGGGGCUACUCAGUAUGGGAAAAUUGACAAACUGUGAGAUCACGACUACGAUCUCGAAAUACAAAUUGAAAAGUAUGAAAGGACUCUACAUUCCAAUUAAUGUAGUCGCCUUCUGCGAAAUUAAAAAAAAAUAUAUGUGAAUUGGAUUUGUCAGUUUGCUAAACGCUAACAUUGCUGUAGUAUAUUUAAAGCAACACAACAAGAAUACCUUCUUUGCCUGUGGUUUGCCUAAUUCCUGUUCCUGCGCUGCGAAUUUACAAAUUGGAUUGUCAUGUUUUAAGAUGAACUCUAUUCAAAAUAGAUCAUAAGGAAAUAUCGUUGAAAUUGUGACUCGAAUGCAAAUAGUGUAAGAUAAAUUUUCCGUACUAUUACGACAUUUGACUAUACUAAUCUGUCAAUUUGCUAUAUCACUAAAAUAAAUUUAUAUACUAUAAA